AUGAACCCAAUCAUCCAUGAUCUUCCCAAAUCACGUAAAGUACGAUUAGUCUGCGUGUCCGACACGCAUAAUGCAUCGGCUUUGACAGGUGCAUUCAAGCUUCCCAGAGGAGAUAUCCUCGUCCAUGCGGGUGAUUUGUCCAACCAAGGGAGCUUAUCCGAGCUUCGACGAGCUGCAGAAUGGAUCGAGAAGACGGAAUUCCAAGUUAAAAUUGUGAUUGCUGGCAAUCAUGAUAUUACUCUUGAUCAAGAAUUUUAUCAGCAAUAUGGACCUUAUUUCCACAAUCAACACCCACAGGAUUCUCAGGAAUGCAUUAAGCUAUUUACAGAAUCACAAAACAUCACCUAUCUAACCCACUCUGCGGCGACUGUUCGAGUGCCUUAUUUAGACGGAACAGAGGUCAAGCUCAAAGUCUUCGGGUCACCAUACUCACCCGCGCGAGGACGUUGGGCCUUUGGAUAUUCGCCUGAACAAGCAACCGCGCUCUGGGAUGAGGUGCCUCUGGAUACAGAUGUUCUAGUAACGCACACGCCACCAAAAUAUCAUUGCGACGAAUCGCGCGACAGGGGGGCUGCCGGCUGCGAGACUCUUCGCCAGACGCUGUGGAGAGUCAGACCCCGGCUUGCCAUCUGUGGCCAUGUCCAUGAAGGGCGGGGUGCGGAGACGAUCCGAUGGGAUCUCGAAUCACCGAACAUAAAGUACAAGGAACAUUCGACUAGGUACUGGAACGAUCCAGGAGUAGGGAAUAAGCAGUCCCUCCUGGAUCUGUCGGCUAAAGGCGGUGGCCCCCUUGAAAACGAUGGACUGACCGGGGAUUUGAUCCCCAGCCAUGUUGACGUGAUCCGGGAAAAUCAUACAAUUCCUACAGCUGGUCAUUCGACCCUGUUCUCGAAUGCGCGGGAUCUCCCUUCCCGCCCUCAUCCUACCGAUGACGGGGAGCGGCUUGCGUCCUUGGAGCACCCGAAGACAGCCAAUGAAAGCCAUAAUAAUUCACAAAUUACAAAUGACACUUUCGAUGCCGAUUGGCGCACGCGUGGUCUUCGAAAAACCACCCGAGGUCAAGGUGGCCACCCUUUGUCAGGGCGCUCCGACAUGGAAUCCCUGGCUGGCCGGCUAGGAAGGAAAGAAACUUGUGUCAUCAACGCCGCCAUCAUGGCUACAAGUUGGCCACAUAAUCUUGGCGGAGGCAAGAGAUAUAACAAACCAAUCGUCGUCGAUAUUGACAUGCCUGUUACGCCUAUCGGCACUGAAGAGCAGCGGCGUUGA